GAGGCUUUGGAAGAGUGCAGAGGUCUCUUUAGCUCUUUCUCUCUCGCAUGCUGUCUCUGCCUGCUGCUGAACUUUGGCUUCCAGUGACAAGCAAAGACCAAACCCAGAAGAUUCUCGUCCAGCUGCCUGACUAGCCACACACCCUUUCGUGGGGCAUCACUGACGUUGACCACCACCACACUGGAGAAGGUACCUGAAGAGAGAGCAUUCGGGAUCCAACAGGUCUCCAUCCUGGAGGAGAAGCCUUUGCCCCAGGGUCCAAGAACUCCCAAACCUCCAGACAAAACACACAGACACCCUCUUUUUCCUGGAGGGUCCAAGGAAAGGUAGUUCUAUCCCUUAAAAGGGCAGGGGGGGGAUCCCAUCAAGUGACCUGGCUCCAUGGAAGAAGCUGUGAGUAAUGCUACCACUUGCAGCCAUGACUUUGGGUUCGAACAGGCCAACGCCUCCCUUUCCUGGCCAAGCAUAUCUGGAAGUGGCCCAGAGACGGUGAUUGUGCCUGUGUUGUUUGGGGUGAUCUUCCUCCUGGGCAUGGUGGGGAAUAUGCUGGUCCUGGUGGUGCUUGGCCAUCUCCGGCCAGGUGGGCGCCCAUCACGCAGCGCCACCAACAUCUUCAUCCUCAACCUGAGCAUUGCAGACUGCUCUUUCCUCGUCUUCUGCGUCCCCUUCCAGGCCACCAUCUACUCCCUGCCCGAGUGGGUCUUCGGUGCCUUCUUCUGCAAGUGGGUCCACUACCUGGUCAUGACCACCAUGCUGGUCAGCAUCUUCACCUUGGUGGCCAUGUCGGUGGACAGGUACAUCGCCGUGGUGCACGCCAAGCGAUCGCUUUGCAUCCGCAGCAAGCGCAACGCCACCCUGGGCGUGGGGGUCAUCUGGCUUCUGUCUCUGCUCAUCGCCAUCCCGGUGGCUCAGCACCAGGCCCUCAUGAAAGGGCACCGGCAGGCUCCCAACAGCUCCUUCUGCUGGGAGCAUUGGGCAGACAACCCUGCGGCCAAGCAGGUCUACAAGGUUACCAUUCUGGUGGUGGGUUACCUGCUACCUCUGGUGCUCAUCACCUGCUGCUAUGCCAAGGUCAUACGCCAUCUUCAAAAGAAGGUCAAGAAUAUUUCCAAGAAGUCAGAGAGAUCCAAAAGAAAGACAGCUCAAACAGUGCUGCUGGUGGUUGCUGUCUUUCUAAUCUCCUGGCUCCCGCACCACGUCAUCACUAUGUGGGCCGAGUUUGGGAAGUUCCCCCUGAACGAUAUCUCCUUCACCUUUCGCAUCAUUGCACACUGCUUAGCCUAUGGGAACUCUUGCAUCAACCCCAUCAUCUACGCUUUCCUGUCGGAGAAUUUCCGCACGGCCUGCCGGCAAGUCUUCACAUGCAAGGGACUCCUUCGGCCGCCCCCUGCAGAGAAGAUGGUGAGGAUCCGCAUGGAGAACUUCUCCACUUCUCACUCGACAACCAACGUAUGACAUGGGGCGGGAAGGAAGAGCUAUCAGCAAAGGAAGAAACAGAAGAGAACACAGUGGUGUCCAGAAAU